CCUGUCAGUGUCCAUCAGUGCCAGCUGUCAGUGCUCAUCCAUGCUACCUGCCAGUGCCCAUCAGUGCCACAUCAAUGCCACAUAUCAGUGCCUACCAGUGCACAUCAAUGCCACAUAUCAGUGCCCAUCUGAGCUGCCUUUCAGUGCCACCCAUCAGUGCCAGUCAGUGACACCUAUCAAUGCAAGUCAGUGCCACCUAUCAGUGCUGCCAAUCAGUGCCACCUAUCAGUGUCAGUCAGUGCCGCCUAUCAGUGUGCAUCAUUUCAGUGCCGCCUAUCAGUGCCAUAUAUGAGUGCUGCCUUUCAGUGCCCAUCAGUGAUGCCUGUCAAUGCCCAUCAGUGCCACCUACCAGUGCCUUCUCAUCAGUGCCACCUAUCAGUGUCCAUCAGUGCAGCCUAUCAG